CCUGUUUUUUUUAGCGAUUGGUAAUAAACAUCAACCGUUAACAGUUUAUUCGGUUUCUACAGACUCCAAAGAGCCAUGAAGUCACAUAUCAGAAGGCUUUGGAUCUUUGUGAUUAUACAGUCAGUGACCUGCCAGGUUACGGUCAUUCCAGGCUUUGUUGGUGGACAAGUCGUGCUGCCCUGUGUCUACAAGGAUCCAGUACCACAGAAAGUCUUCUGGAGGGUUGAUGAUGUAAAUCCUGUGUUUGACAUCAUUGACUGGAAGCCCUCAACCGCCUCCCAGAUUUCAAAGUACAAAGAUCGAGUGUCCAGCUUUCCGAGUGAAUACAGCAAAGGGAACUUCUCCCUUCUUCUGAAGGAUCUACGGCUGGAUGAUGCCAACCUGUAUGAGUGCAAAAUCCUCGACUCAAAUCAGCCUGUUGUCGUCCAGCUCCGGGUUUCAGUUAAAGAUGAACAGAAAACGACGACUCCUCCUCCGUCGGGUGCAGCAGCGUCAUCCCAGCGUCUCUCUGUGUUUCUGCUCUUUGCCGUCAGUCUGCUGAUCUGACUCUCCUUUUAGACACGUCGCUAACAUUUCCUGGGCUUUUUGCACUAAUUCACCUACAGUUCUGUUUUCUCAGGUUUAGCAACAACACACUGCUCAAGGUCACCAUCUUUGUUUAUUAUAGAGCUGAAGCUACAUAAAACUGCAGAUUAUUUAGCAUGUUGCAGCAUCUACUCUGUUAUCAGUGUCAUCAGUAAAUAAGAGUUAAAAGCUAAAAACUAACUGGGCAGAACAUUUAACCUUCACUACUAAGUGUCACAAUCUUCUAUGAUUGCCUUAUUUAUACAUUUAUUUAUUUGUAUUAAUAACACAUUAUGCAGCUGUCAUAAUAUCAG